UCCACCAAAGUGCAACAGAGUGGAGUGGUGAGGGAGGGGGGAGGACACUCAGACAAACACCUCACUCUCACAGAAACAAACUACAUACUCCACAUUGAGCUAAACAUUCACUAGUCACAACUAUUCACAGGAACAGGAAGAACAGGAAGGCCCGCCCCAUCCGGUCAGAGCACGCAGGUCAUUGGCGAGUGUAGAUCCAGCAGAGAAGAUCUAUUGGCCAGCAAGGCGACGCUCCUCCUACUGGGUCCUCCCACCAGACCUAAUCAGCCAAUCAGAGACAGGGAAAGAGCGAGAGACAGACAGAGAGAGAGAAACGGGGAGAAAGACAGAAAAACACGUUCUACGUGCAUAUGCACGUAACACUACAUAAAGUGAAGAAUACCAACCUGUAAAGUACUCAGAUAUGUUUUUGUGUUUGUUUUCCCACACAGAAGAGUUUACACUUGUCAUUCCUUGUGAUGAAAUUGAUUCCAUUGGCUCCAGUGUCACAGUGCCCUGUCACCUAUCCCCUGAUAUCAGUGCGGAUGCCAUGGAGAUCAGGUGGUUUAAGGGGACAGACUGUGUUUGCCUCUAUAAGAACAGGCAGCUGACAGAGGGGCGGGGUUUCGAGGACAGAGUGAACCUGUUCAGGGAGGAGCUGGAGAGAGGAGAUGUGUCCUUACAGCUGAGAAACUGCACAGAGUCAGAUUCGGGGAGUUACCUGUGCCAGGUGAAAAGUGACCUCAGAACAGAAGAGAUAACAGCAGCUGUACAGAUGGUCAGUGAUGACUUUGGCUGGAUAAAAAAAAUGGUUAAAGUAGAGGCAGAAUGGACUGAAGAGGAGCGAAUGAAAAUGGAGGAAUCUGCUGUGCUAACUGAGUUUAAAGCAAGCAAUAUGGUUGAUCUUGUCAAAAGAAUGGAUGAGGAAAGGAGAAAAGAGCAACAGCAACUGAAGGAAGCCAGGAUUUGUUUGGACAACAUUUUGAAAGAACUAGAAGAUAAAGAUAAUCAACUGCAUCAACUGCAUCAGAUGUUAGCAGAGAGUGAUAAAACAAUUCAAGACCAUUUAGCUGAAAUGGAGAGACAUGAACAGCUGGAAGAUUCACAUUGUGCUGGUCACAUGGAGACUGAAGAUGCGGCUACUUCUAUAAGAAAAACACAUAGUCAAGAGCUACCUCCAGAUAUGAACAGUGAACCUGGUGUAGAUUCUUCAGAAUCAGCUCCUGCUUCAGAGCUCAGGCUGGUGCUGCUGGGGAGAACUGGAUGUGAGAUGAGUGCAGCAGGAGACACCAUCCUGGGUGGAGAGGAGAGGAGCCAGACUGGAGCUUCUACAGUGAGGCAGCAGAGUGAGAGCAGACAGGGGGAGGUGGCUGGGAGGAAGGUGACUGUGGUGGAAACUCCUGACUGGUUCAGUCCUGAAAGCUCUCUGGAGGAAUUGAGGCAGGACGUGGGACUCUGUGUCCGUCUGUCUGCUCCAGGACCUCACGCCUUCCUCCUAGUGAUCCCGGUAAAGCAGUCCAUUGGAGAGGUGAAAGGGAUGGUGGAGAAAAUGGAGGAGAUCUUUUGGGAGAUGUGUUGGAAGAACACUAUGAUUCUUUUCACCGUUACUGGUGAACAACAGAAGAAAGACAUUGAACUACUGCUGAACUCAUCUGAAGAUGAGGAUAUCCAGAGGCUUGUAGAGAAAUGUGAGAACAGGUUUCACUGUCUGAACAUUAAGGAGAGUGGAGAUGAUUCUCAGGUGUCAGAGCUGCUGGAGAAGAUCAAGGAGAUGGUGAAAGGCAAUGAAGGAGGUUUCUAUAGCAGUGAGAUCUACCGUGAAAUCAGGGAAAUGGAGAAAAGGAUUACUAAAGAAAGAGAAGAGAAUAAACAGAGGGAGAUACAGAAAGUUAGAGACAAACUAGAGAAGGAGGUCCAAGAUGCUUUGAUGAGCAUAAUGGAAGAAAUCCAAGAGCUUGAGAAGAGAAUACAGCAACAUGAGGAACAAAUACUAGAAUUGGAGAGAUUACUGGAAGAAGAGAGAAAUGAUGAAACAAAAAGAGAGUUGGAGAUACAGCUAAAAAAAGAAAUUCAGCUGAGGAAAGAGACUGAACAGAAGCUGAGAGAACUAAAGAUCGCAUGGGACAAAAGGGAAGCCCAGAUGAAAGAAAAGCACAGACAGGAGAUGGAUGAGAUCAUAGAGAUGUAUGAAGGAGAAGUCAGGCUGGAGGCAGAGAGAAACCUCAUGAAGAUCAUCCUACCCGAACUCCACCGUACCGUUUGGGUUCUUAUCUCUAAGAUGCAGAAACAGUUCCUUGUGAAGAUGGGAGAAAAGGAAAGCGAAUUAAUGACCCUAAAACGGAACCUGGCAGAACUCCAGGAAAACUACAGGCAACUGGAAAAUGAUUAUCAGACAGCUCUGAAGAACAUGGAAGACACAGAAGCAGGUGGAGAAGAAGAAAGAACAGGUGCAGUGGCAUCUGAAGAGAGAGAAGAAACAGAGCAAAGUCAGGACGAAGUGGAAAGUUUACCAGAAGGAGAAACAGAUGAUGGUGAGGGAAAAAGAACUGAGGAAGAUGAAGAAAAGGGCGGGGUUGAGAAGACUGAGGCUGGGGAUGAACAGGAAACAACACAUGAUGGUCAGGAGGAAGCCAGAGGAAUUCGUCAACUCUUCAACUUCUGCUGCUGUUUCGUUCGACAGUAUGAUCCUGUGGACACUCAGUGAACUUUGAACUAAAGAACUAUAAGAAUGAUUAAAAUGUCCCACAAAUAAACUACUAAUUUUCGUUUUUAAUUUAAUUCAACUCAAACAAUGGCUUAAAACUAAGCUUGAAUGUAUUUUGGGAAACUAAAAAAAGGCAAAUGAUCAAGUAAAGUUUGUAAUAUUUCUCUUGUAUUAUUUGUUAGAAUGGUACGUACAGAAUGUUAUGUGUUACUCUGUACAACUAAACCACACAAAAUCAACGUCAAAAGAAAUAAAG